AUGAAGCUUGGCCGCAUAAUGAUGAUGACGACCACCGCCUCAGACGCCGAGUCUCGAGAUGCACAGCAAGUCGAAGUCAGAAGCGAAGGGAAGUAUGUAAUUCAUCUAUGCAAGGUGCCCGACGUCGCGAAAGGUCUCAGCGAGAUGAACGCGAAGGGGGGUGAAUUCAUCACUGUCGCCAUAACACAAGGGCUAUAA